CCCUCCCUCUCUGGUCAGGUUUUCCUGCUCUUCUCAUUCGGAUACCGGUCGCCUUUGGUCACAAGAGAGAGAGAGAGACAGAGAGAGAGAGAGAGAAAACAAAAAUGGCGACGGAGAGCGAGAGGCGGCGGGAGCCGGGGAGCGGGGACCCCCCGGGAGAGGAGCGAGAGGCUGAGAGCGGGCAGAAGCCGGACUUUGAUAUGGACAACCUCAGCAAACCCGACCAACUGACGCUCCUCAGCAUCCUCGAGGGGGAACUGGAAGCCAGGGAUCUGGUGAUCGAAGCUUUAAGGGCUCGUCGAAAGGAUGUCUUUAUCCAGGAGCGGUAUGGGAGGUUUAAUCUCAGCGAUCCUUUCCUAGCCCUGCAGAGGGACUAUGAGGCAGGUGGUGGAGAUGGCAACCGAGAUAAGCAGCCCAUCUGCAGCAGCCCGCUCUCCAUAUUGGAAAUCGUCAUGGCCCACUGCAAAAAAAUGCAGGAGAGAAUGUCGGCACAGCUAGCUGCUGCUGAAGUCCGACACCGAAAGGUGGAGCUUGAAAAAUGCCAGCUGAAGCAAUUCGAGGCGGAGAACAAAAAGUUGACCUCGCAGCUUGAAGAGGAACGGACGAAAGCCAAGCCACUGGUGAUGAUGCUGGUGAGGGAGUGCAAGCAGCUGGCUGGCAAGGUGGUGGACGAAAGCCAGAAAGUGGACGAGAUCACCGCAGCCCUCGACGAGGAGCGGAAGAAGACCGGCCAGUUGCAGGAGGAGCUGGCCGCCGAGAGGAAGAAGAGCUUGCAGAUGGAGGCCAAGAUGGAGAAGCAACUCUCCGAGUUUGAUAUCGAAAGGGAACAGCUGCGGGCCAAGCUAAACCGCGAGGAGAAUCGUACCAAAGAUCUGAGGUUGGAGGUGGAGAACUUCAAGAGGACGAUUGAGGAGCUUAAGCGCGCGAAAGAAAACAGGGCAACUUCGGUGGCCAGCGGUGUGACUAAAGAUACGGCUGGUGUGCCAAAGAAGCCCACAACCCUCACCGUCGGCUCCCAAACGGGGACUCUGGUGGACAACGCCGGCGAAAGUCACACCAAGAAGGCGAACGUAGCGCUGCCCACCAAGCCUGCCGCCAUGACUCCUCUCUCAGCGGGAGGUACCAAACUAAACCUGCCCGGCAGUGCUGGGCUGGGGAAGCCUAGUGGUGAUAGACUGCUGUCCAAUUCGGAGGAUGUUGUGUCCACAACACAAACCAAAGUCAUUUCCUCUGGGAUGGAGAACGGACCCUCAGCCAUCAGCGCCAGCAGCAGCCCUGGGCCAGGGGCUGGGCCGCACUUGGUGCCCGGAGUCCCCCUGUUGCAGAGCGUCACAGCAGGCACUUCCCCUCCGCUCUCAGGGACACCCUCGCCUUGCUCCUCGCCCGGAUUGAUUGUCCAAAUGAUUGGUCUGAGCUCACCCACACCGUGCACCCCGCUGCAGCCAGGACUGAGUCCCCGCAUUCAGGCCGCUCGCUUUAAGUUCCAAGCCCAGGCGGUGGAUCAGGAAAAGCACGGCAGCGCCGGAGUGGGGUCUCCCUCCCGGGACCUGUCGCCCACCAACCGGGACAAUUCGCCGGCUAAGCAGCUUGCCCGGAACACCGUCAGCCACGUCCUCUCCCGCUUCACAGGCCCCCCGAGCACGCUGAAGCCGCCUUGUGCCAACAACCCGCCGCUGCUCGGCGCAGAACACCGAAAUCUCACCGUUAGUAACUUAAAACCUGGGCUGGCACAUCCACCGUCAGGUGAGGCACCGUCUUAUCCGCAGACUGUCGGUAAAAUGACUAGUUCUUUGACUCAUUCCCCUACAGGGUUAAAAUCUCCCACGGGGACGAGAGUUGACCGAGGGAAUCCUCCGCCCAUCCCUCCAAAAAAGCCGGGAUUGUCGCAGACCCCGGCGUCCCCCCACCCGCCUUUAAAAGUCUUUGCGGAUGGGAGCCGCUCCCCAGCGGUUGGAUUUAACGCUCGGAUUGAAGGUCGAACUGUGGCCUCGCCCUCCUCCAGCCCGUCUCUGGGAAAUAGGGGACCUCACGAGGAGGUUCUCCCAAAGACAGCAUCUCCGCAGCUGCCACCCAAACCAACGGUGGAUGUAGUAUCUGCCAGCUGUGCUGUCCCUGCCGUGGCUACAUCUCAGGUGGGUCCUAGGCCUCCCCCCUCCCCUGGGCUGAACCCAACAGCAUGCUCAGAAUGUUCCCUCAUCAUCACCACCAUCUCCUCUAGCACCUCCGUAGACCUUGCUAGUGAAACCAAAAGAACCUCAUCCUCUAGAACAUGUGACACAGACAAUCUACUGGUCACAGCAUCAGGCAGGUCUCCCUCCCUAACCCCCCCGUCAAUGUCUGGUGGUCCUGUCCCCCUGGGUGCCAGGUCCACUCUGCUUCAAGCUGCUGCCCAGGGAAAUGUCACUUUAUUGUCAAUGCUGCUGAAUGAAGAUGGAAUUGAUAUGAAUCACCUUGACCAGGACGGUUCCUCUGCCUUGUAUUCUGCUGCUAAAAAUGGAUAUACAGACUGUGUAACAUUGCUGCUGUCCUCAGGAGCACAGAUUGAUGCUGCUGAGAAUAAUGGAUUCACGCCAUUGUGUGCAGCUGCUGCAAACGGACAUGUUGGGUGCACUAAGGUGCUUACUACUUACGGUGCAAGCAUAAACCAUGCUGGUGAAGAAGGCCUGACUCCUCUGUAUCUGUCGUGUGUAAAUGGACACACUGAAUGUACUUUUACCUUACUGGAAGCUGGAGCUGAUCGUAACACAGUGACCAGUGAUGGCUGGACACCCUUCCAUGCAGCUGUGAAUUCUGAUCACAUAGAUUGCCUGAAGCUUCUCAUGUAUCACCAAGUAUCUGGGGACAGAAGGUUGGUGGAUGAUUCAGAGCACAAAUUGGGCUCCAUUACCCCUGAAUGUGCAGAAGGGAGCUAUAAAUCCAGAGCAGAACCUAUGGUUUCAGCCGACUUAAUAAACCAUGCUGACAAAGAAGGCUGGACCGCUGCCCACAUCGCCGCUUCUAAAGGGUUUAAGAACUGCUUAGACGUGCUCUGCUGGCACAGUUGCUUAGAACCAGACAAGAAAGAUAAAUGUCACCGAACAGUGCAUGAUGUGGCCACAGAUGACUGCAAGCAUUUACUGGAGAACUGGAACGCUCAUAAGGUACUGCUGCAGAUUUCUGUGGAUCCCAGUGAACAGAUCUGCAGCAGUACAGAACAUGCUGAAAACAACAUAGCCAUUGGCAGCCUGACCAUCCGGAAACUGACUACUUGGGCGGACUUAUCGAGAGCUGUAACAGCUGCAGUCACUAACCAUUUCAGAACGGUCAUGGAUGGAUGGGGAGCUGAGGAUCCGGCGCUUGUGAGCAAUACUGAACACAGUUUUAGUUCAAGCGAUGUGUCUGCUGUGGAAAUAGGAAAUGAAUUUUGGAUGCCAGGACAGUCGUUAACAGCCUCCCCAUGGUCACUGAUUGAUUGGAGCCAAAAUAGUUACAUCACAGUGUUCUUAAGUGGUGUACAGGACGGCUGUCUUGACAGUGUCGCUUAUGGUUCUCUCAUCCCUCUUCAUACGUUGCAGAACUACCUCAGGCUGGUCGAACAGUAUCACAAUGUUAUCUUUCAUGGGCCGGAAGGGAGUUGCCAAGAGCAUAUAGCACAUCAAAUAGCAAAGAGUAUUAAGCACAAACAAGAAGCCGCCGGCAGCAACUGUGAGAUCAUUGAAAUCGAAAUUGAUGGAAGUUGUUCAAAGGACCAGUUGGUGGAGUUCUUCAUACAAAGUGGUGUCUUGGUCCCUUUGAAGCAGGCUUCUAUCAGUCAGCAAGUUACCGUUGUCCUCAUGAGAAAUCUGGAGAAACCUGCCUCACUUUCUGAGUUUCUGGGUGAGCUGCUCGAUGCACUGGAAAACCGAGGUGCAGGAAACCCGUUCACCUUCCAGCACGGUGAUGGGACCUCAGAUGCCUACUGCUUCCAAGAGAACGGUUUUCUGAUCGGGACAAUGGCCAAGUUGAGACUGCAAAGCUCAGACCUGGUGGUGCAGCAGCAUUUCCGCUGGGUGCAGCUGCGAUGGGAUGCGGAGCCUAUCAGUGGUUUGCUUCAGAGGUUCCUGAAAAGGAAAAUGAUUCACGCGUUCCAAGGAGAGCUUCCACCUCCAGCUGACCCGAUGCGUAAGGCUGUGCUGUGGGUUUCUGCCGUCUGGCGACAGCUGAAUUCUUACUUGUCUCGCUUAGGAACACCUGAGGCACUGAUGGGACCAAGAGAUUUCUUUUCCUGCCCAGUCUUACCAGGCCAGAUACAAGCUAUAAUGAAGUGGAUGGCCAGUCUGUGGAACAAUGUGGGCCCGAGAGCAGAAGAAGCCAUACUUUCCAGAGCCUCGGUGAAGAGGCCUCCAGGCCUGCAAGAGCAGCCAGCCACCAAGGUCCUCAGCCAGAGCCAGCAAGCAGUGGUCAAGGCAGCCCUCAGUAUCUUGCUUAACAAAGCUGUACUACACGGCUGUUCACUUUCUAGACAAGAGUUAGACCAAUACCUGCCGGAAUUCCAGGGAUGGAGCUUUCCUCUGACCAUGAUAACCAGCUACAAAAUCAGCAAGAAGAAAAUCGACAGCAGUUCGUGGAGACGAGUGAGCACUGGUCCCCGCAAAAAAUCUGCUCAUUCGGUGUCCCAGACCUGGAACAAGCUUGAAGGACAAAGAGAGGCAAUUCAGUUUAUGCCAGAGUCACCUGAAGACUUCAACAAGUUGAACGUGCAAACUAGACCGCAUUCACUGGAGGGUGGUCAAGUGAAAGCUGCGGAUCUAGAGCAAGGGAUGGCUUUUUAUGCCGAUGAAGAUGAUGACCUCAUGGAAGAGCUCCAGAGCAUGUGCUUAAGCAGGUCCGAGUCUGAUAUUAGCAAGAUCGACACGUCAAAAGAUCUUUUCUUUAUGAUCCCUGGUUCUCAGAGUGACCAGUCAGCCCUAAAGAUGGCAAAAGAACACACUGCUCAGUCACCAGCACCAAAGGUUGUUGACCAGUCUACAAAAACUGGUGCACCCACGUCAAGUAGCAGCACUAGAAGGGUGAACCGAUCAGGUGGCACCUCGAGAGCAAAGUCGCAUCUCCCUGUGCCUCUGAACAACAACACGCACCGUAUUCACCACAGCAGCAGCAGCAAUACAAGGCAUUUAGAAACGAACAACAAUACAACCGAGGAGAUGUGGAACCCACACAAAACUAAACAUGAAGCCAACAACAAUGAAUAAGGAUACAAUCCUGUCUGAAGGUUUUAUUUCUAAGUCUUCUAUUUCCCAAUGGGACCCACCAUGUGCUGAUCACCAACAAUAGAAAUCUUUGUAUUAUAGCUUUACAAUGGGUUUUCCCAUUCUGACCAUAAGUUGAUUUGUUCUCGUGAUCAGAGUGUGAUAGAUCCCCAAUAUCCAUUAGGUAGAUACAAUAGAUAUGUAAUAUAUUACAUGAAAUGUAAAGUUCCACUUUAUUACUAUACAAUGUUUAUUUGGGACCAGUGACUAACUAAAUACUGAGUGUUUGUUAACAGUGCUGUGACAAUGCACUGUUUUUGUUUUUAGUUUUGCCUUUUAUUUCUUGGGUUGCAAACCUAAAAUAGCUGGUUUUGCCAAAAGAAGAACAAUUUUAUAAAAUGCAAAUUGGUUGUUGCACAUAAAAGAGCUUUUGGAAUCAUUGUUGAUGCAUCGUUAUUAUUCAGGAUUUUUCCCACAGAAGUAUAUAUAUUAUGAAGUGACUAGAACCAUGGGGGACAUAGAUCAUACCCAUGGCUUCAUAUGUACAGUAUAAGGAAAUGUAUUUACUUUUUUUAAUAUAAAAACCUCCUUUUCAUUGGAUUUUAUUCAGUGAAUAGAAUGUGGCAAUAAGUGUUAUUGGAAUCUCAGAAGACUUUCCUUCAAAACAAGAAGCCAUAUUAAAUGUUUUAAUUGAA